CAGUGAUUGAAUGCAAACGACAACAAAUGACUCAAUAAUUGAUUACAUUUUUGUCAUUCAAAUCAACGCUUAAUCCAAACGAAUAGACCUUUAAUUGUCGUCAAACACGUGUUGAGAAGUGGUUUCCUAUUGGAUGAGUAGAAGUAUGGGUCGACGCAAACACGUGUCCAACACUUCAUUGUUGAAGAGUGUGUUAAGAAAGAGACAUAAUUUAUCUGAAGACAUGUCGUGCGCCAAUCGUGCAACUGAUCCAAUCGUGUCAAGAGAUGUGGAGACACUCUUCGAGUCACUCGUUCGGGACAUACGAUCACUGGACCAAUACGUGGAUCAAAUAGAGACUGACCAUCUGAUCGGUGCGUUAGAAGAGGUGUUGCUAUUGUCUGCGUCGACACAAAGUGGGGAACAAUCGGUGAACGGUUUGGCCGAAGCAGUGAAUCGCGUCAACGCUAUCACCGGCAGAAUAGCCCGACUUCUGCCCCCAAUGCCAACCGAUGCCGAACCCGAUCCGUACCGUCCGUUACGGGACGCUCUUCAGCGCUAUAUCGCGGCCACCGCUGGUCUGCCACUCGUCGGCGGGACGGGAGUCGAUGACAACGUCGAUGAAAGCAGUAGUUGUGGUGAUCCGGACAACGAUAGGGCCCCCACUGCGAGCCCACAGUCCGAUCACAACACAGGUGACAGCCUUUCGGCUAAUUUACCGACGAGUUCCUCGUCGGCCGAUACCACUGGCCUGUCGUUAACCGAUGAACACAUUAACACCGCUUCCCAUUCGGACGCUUCAUCCCAUCGGUGUUCCAGUCGGUCGUCCACUCAUUGAUCUGUUGCCGUUUUUAUACACAUAUUUUAGGCAAAUAUUUAAUGAUUAUGUAAUGAAUGAGUCUUUAAUUGUAUCACUAAUUGUAAUAUUGUUUGUAUUUUAUGUCCAAAAAAUGUGAGAAUAAAUGAAUUGAAAGAAAA